AAUACUCUAAGACGGGAAAUUGUUUAAUUACGCUGUUAUACAUAACGUGCCGAAAUUGGAUGAGAGAUACUUCAGUAUAUUUUGCUGUGUACGCAUUUGUUUGAUAGUGACAGUUUCUGUUAUCCGAACGAUUGGUGUUUGCGUAACCGGGCGUAAAUCUUAUUGAGUAUAUAGGUCUAUCGUAGUGUCCAGGCCCACAUAAUGGGGAAUCUUAUUGCUACUAUUUUUAAGGGCCUUUUUGGGAAGAAGGAAAUGCGUAUUUUGAUGGUUGGCCUUGACGCAGCAGGGAAAACUACAAUUUUGUACAAAUUAAAAUUAGGUGAAAUUGUCACUACCAUUCCUACUAUAGGAUUUAAUGUUGAAACAGUUGAAUACAAGAAUAUUAGUUUCACGGUGUGGGAUGUUGGUGGUCAAGAUAAAAUUAGGCCUUUGUGGCGUCAUUAUUUCCAAAAUACCCAAGGUCUUAUAUUUGUAGUGGAUAGUAAUGACAGAGAACGUAUAGGAGAAGCCAGAGAAGAACUAAUGAGGAUGUUAGGAGAAGAUGAACUAAGAGAUGCUGUUCUCCUUAUUUUUGCCAAUAAGCAGGAUCUUCCAAAUGCCAUGAAUGCAGCAGAAAUCACAGACAAACUAGGCCUUCAUUCUCUGAGGAACCGCAACUGGUACAUCCAGGCCACCUGUGCUACCAGUGGAGAUGGGUUGUACGAAGGACUUGACUGGUUAUCCAACCAGUUGAAAAAUCAAAAGUAGAGUAAUGAUAAAACCUUUUUUUUAAAUACAAAAAAUAGUAGGAGUGGACCUGGAUAUUACUCCUUAAAGUAUCUGUAUAAAAACAAAGAGUUCACUUAGCACAAAACACAGAAUUCUGUUUAUAUUCUUGUCUACGAUGUAACGAGUCCGGCUUGUAUCGUAUUUAUUACAGAUGUGGCAUGGUAACGUUGCAUUAUAGUUCAUUAUUCAAGAACAGAGAGUGUAGUAUUUUAAUGUAUUUUAUUAUUAGCUGUCCCAGUACAUUCCAAAGGGUAGCACCACAUGUUUGUGAAAUGAAUGAAAAGUGUGUAACACAAUGUCGUUGGUCUUAAGAAAUAGUGAACAAAAUUUUAUUUUGUGAGUGAUAAUUAUUGUACAUAGCCAAACAUCAAAGUCAUAUCCCAUUCUCUGGUACUGUUGAUGUGUAAAGAUUUACUGCUAUUUACUAUGUAUUCCUUAGCUAAAUUUAUGCUUCACUUGUAGUGUUACAGGUUUUUAUUGGUGUGUUUUGGAGUAAUUAUAAUUACAAUAGUGAGGGAGCUGGUGCUUGCUCAGAUAAUGUUGACCAGGCUUCAUAACUUUUCUCUUUACAUCAGUAAUUUUAAACCACUAGCCGAAUCUGUGGCUCAUUAUUCUGCUUUUUGUGUGUGUGUGUGAAAAAUAAUAAAAACAUUUGCUAAAACAGAUGUGCAUUUUUUUGUCUUCUCAAAGUAUAAGAUAAAAAAAAAAUUUCCAUAUUGAUAUGAAAUCGAAGUCAAAAUGUGAAACAGAUUUAAAUUUACUUUUUUUGUGUAACAUUACUUUUUAAUUAUUACUAUUUAAAAUUGUGUGCAAAAAUAAUAUUAAGAUAAGUAAUUGUUUCGUUGAAUUGUAAAAACUGAAUAAGCUAUUGAUUAUUUUGGUGUAGAAUCACCAAAGAGAAUUUAAAAUGAUGUAUUUAAUUUAUUCGGUACAAAGUUGGAAUAUAUUGUAAAUAUAUUUCCUCUUAGUAGAGAAUAAAUAUCUCUCGUGAUUUUUAAAAGGAACUUUCGUACACAAAAUGAAUAGAUCAGAUAGUGUAACUCCACUUUGGCAUAUGUGGAAGAUGAAAAUUUACGAGUUCUUUAACAGUUUCUUCUGUACAAGUAGACACGUUAGUUGGUUAUUAUCAGCUGAUGGUUUGAAAUAAAUCUAGUUGUUCUGUGGAAAAAUGUUUUAACAUGCAAGAUUUUAAAUGAAAUGGAGGUACUGUGAAAGUGAUUGGUUAUUAAAAGGAAGGUCGUGUUUUUGUUGGUAUCCCUUCUGUAGAACUUGUGCUUAAAUCAUGAACAUUUUGUUAUUUAAUAAAUAUGUAACUUCUAAAAGUUGUUUGUUCUUUUAAAAUUUUGAAACUUUCAUUAAAUAAAAGACAUAGAUGUAACCUAUAAAGGGACUUUUCAGUGUUGUAUGUAUAACAUUAAGAUUGAAGAAGCUAACAUGAGACAGUUUGUCAUAUUUCCUGAAGUAAUUUAAACUGGGCAGAACUGUGAGUUGGAGAUAUUAUGGUUCGUGCCCUGUUGCUGCAAAAAAAAAAAAAAAGCUGAAUUUUGGAGAUGCUCAUGUGCUGUAAGAUUGAUGGUCAAAUAUUUCACAGAGUAGCCCAAGAAUUGGUGGUCGGUGCUGUUGAUUAGUUGCCUUCCCUCUAGUCUUAAAAAAACAACAACCUACGGUUCUCUGGUUACUGUUACAUUCAUAUUCUGGUACCAACAUGUUGGCUCGUGCGUCCAAGAUUUUGUCUAUCGAAGUAAAUGUGUCUAAUAUCGUCUUGCAUGUUUUUUCUAGCUAGUGAUCAGUUGAUUUUAAAGUAUUGUUUUGAAACAAUUGUGUCUUUGAAAGUCAGGAAGACAUGAUUUUUCAAAACAGUUUUAAAAUAUAUUCUGUAUACAAAGUAUGUUUUUAUUAAGUAUGAUAUAAAACAUCUCUUUAAUGAUGUAACCAAGUUAAUAAAGUUGUGAACAUCCCUUUAAUGAUGUAACUAAGUUAAUAAAGCCGUGAACAUCCCUUUAAUGAUGUAACUAAGUUAAUAAAGUUGUGAACAUCCCUUUAAUGAUGUAACUAAGUUAAUAAAGUUAUGGACAUCCCUUUAAUGAUGUAACUAAGAUAAUAAAGUUGUGAACAUCCCUUUAAUACUGGCAAGUUGCGAGUGAGGAACUUUAGAUUUUGAGCUAAAAUCAUCAGUUAUAGAUUUUUGCAAGAGAUGAACUUUGAAUGUUUUUAAGACUUCUUUUUACUCAAGUAGCCUAAAGAUAAAUACAACAGCAUGAUAGGUCUGCUGACAAGAGGAUAUUUAUCUUAGCUGCAGGUAUUUUCAAAGUAGUAUAAUUCAGUAUUGUCGUAUGUUUGAUUGUAAGUUUGUUUCUUGGAAAUUUUGAAGUUUCACAUGCCGACAGUACAACAGUUUUCACUACAGUUAAACGUUAAUUUUUACUUUAGCUAUAAAGAAUGUUACCAUUAUUAACUGUUAAAAAAUGGAGAAACACUUUUGAAAACAAGUUUAGUUGAAUCCUUAAAAGGAUCUUUAUUUAAAACCUUCUUUUCUAGUUUUUAUGUUUUGGCGAUACAUGACCACACUGUAACAAAUAGAUCAGUUUCAAGUGACUUUUUAUUUGAAAAAGUAAUGUGUCCAUUUAAAUAUAGUUUUAAAUAAAUAUCCUGUUUUAACUCAAGGUCUCAUGUAGACAUUUUCAUAACCCAAGUGAUUAAGAACAAACCUUUGUCGUGACACUGUUAAAGUGGUUUACUGUCAACUAGUCGUAAUUUGCAUAUUUUUAAUUUGGGUGAAAACUGCCAGUGAUUAUUGAGAACAGUUUCAGUCAUCUACAGUAUGUACAUUACCAACCAGACUCUGAAAUAAAGCUUAGUUAUUGAAUGC